UGGGUGGAAGCCGCCAAAACGCGCCACGCCGGCCACACCCUUUUUCGCCCUCUGUCCUUCACCAGAAAGAGGAUUAAAUACUCUUCAUUUCAUUUCUUCCGCUUCUGAGAUCUGAUUCCUAAUUUCUAUCUCUUCUCUACUUCUCUUUUUGUCACCAAUUCUCCUUUCCGGUGUGGCUGUGACUUAGGGGUUAUUUUGACUUUGGAACAUGGGAUUGAUGCUGCAUAGCUGUACAUGGGAUCGAUGGGAUUGCUUUUGGAACAUGGGAUUGAUGCCUUUCCCUUCCUGUUUAUUUUAAUGAUUCAAAAGUGAGCUAGGAUGGUGCUGAAUGUUUGUUUUUUCUUUUGAGAAUACAGCUGAAGGCUUCUCUUGGUAUUUGGUUUAUCCAUCUCUUUUCGUGACUCAGCUAAGCCCUUAUUGAUAAAGCCACAAAUAUCAACUAGAGGAUUUAACUUAUCUUGGGAAUUUGCCCCAUUCUUCCUUACUUCUGUUCUCAACUGACAGCAUGAACCAGGGGAUAAACUAUGUUAGUCUUUUGGUUAGACUUACUGAUGCACUCCUCUCUUUCUUCUGGUCAGAGGUAACUUGUAUGAUGACACUAGGGUAGAACUGCAACGUAUACAUUGAUCAACAUGAAUACCAUUGGAUUUAUCUCCACUUUGAGUUUAAGUGGAACGGUGCAGAGAAGAUACUUUUGGGAUCCAAAUCUUCAAAGAUACUCUCUUGGCAUAGAUUCUGGAUGCAGAAUUCUGAAAGCUUUUGGAAAUAGCGAGUUUAUGGGUUGCCACUUGAAGUCUCAAGCUUCAUUAUUCAAAGGAACAAGAUCAAGCCAUAAAGUUAGCCCUCUUCAGGUUGUCUGCAUGGACUAUCCAAGGCCUGAACUUGAGAAUACUGUCAAUUUUUUGGAAGCUGCACAGUUGUCCUCAUUCUUUCGUAAUUGUGCACGGCCGAGUAAAGGACUCGAAGUUGUAAUUGCUGGUGCAGGUUUGGCUGGCCUAUCUACAGCAAAAUAUCUUGCAGAUGCAGGUCAUAAACCUAUACUGUUGGAGGCAAGAGAUGUUCUGGGUGGAAAGGUUGCAGCUUGGAAGGAUGAAGAUGGAGACUGGUAUGAGACAGGCCUCCAUAUAUUCUUUGGAGCAUAUCCCAACCUGCAGAACUUGUUUGGGGAACUUGGUAUCAAUGAUCGUUUGCAGUGGAAGGAGCAUUCCAUGAUAUUUGCAAUGCCAAACAAGCCAGGAGAGUUUAGCCGAUUUGAUUUUCCAGAGCUUCUUCCUGCACCUCUCAACGGAAUAUGGGCCAUCUUAAAGAACAAUGAGAUGCUGACAUGGCCGGAGAAAGUGCGAUUUGCUAUUGGACUUUUGCCUGCCAUGGUUGGGGGGCAAGCUUAUGUGGAGGCCCAGGAUGGUUUAACUGUAGCAGAGUGGAUGAAGAGGCAGGGUGUGCCUGAUCGAGUCAAUGAUGAAGUUUUCGUUGCCAUGUCUAAGGCACUUAACUUCAUAAACCCAGAUGAGCUUUCCAUGCAAUGCAUACUAAUUGCUUUAAAUCGAUUUCUUCAGGAAAAGCAUGGUUCCAAAAUGGCCUUCUUAGAUGGUAACCCUCCUGAGAGGCUGUGUAUGCCAAUUGUUGAUCACGUUCAGUCAUUGGGUGGUGAAGUCCGACUAAAUUCACGAAUACAAAAAGUUGAACUGAACUCUGAUGGAACUGUGAAACACUUUUUGCUCAGCAAUGGAAAUAUAAUCAGUGGCGAUGUUUAUGUUAUUGCUACUCCUGUUGAUAUCUUGAAGCUUCUUUUGCCUCAAGAAUGGAGGGAAAUUUCAUAUUUUAAGAAGCUGGACAAAUUAGUGGGAGUUCCAGUGAUUAAUGUUCAUAUAUGGUUUGACAGGAAACUGAACAACACUUACGAUCAUCUUCUUUUCAGCAGGAGCCCUCUUUUGAGUGUAUAUGCAGACAUGUCCGUAACAUGCAAGGAAUACUAUGAUCCUAAUCGUUCUAUGCUGGAGUUAGUUUUUGCUCCUGCAGAGGAAUGGAUCUCAAGCAGUGACAACGAAAUCAUUGAUGCUACUAUGAAAGAACUAGCUAAGCUAUUCCCUGAUGAAAUUGCUGCAGAUCAAAGUAAAGCCAAAAUUCUCAAGUAUCAUGUUGUAAAGACACCGAGAUCUGUUUACAAGACCGUGCCCAAUUGUGAACCAUGCCGCCCUCUACAGAGGUCCCCAAUUGAAGGGUUCUAUCUGGCUGGUGAUUACACAAAGCAGAAAUACUUGGCUUCAAUGGAGGGUGCUGUUUUAUCUGGCAAGCUUUGUGCACAGGCUAUUGUACAGGAUUAUGACUUGCUUGUUGCGCGGAACCAAAGAAGCUCGCCUGCUGAGAUGACUCUUGCAUAGUGGUGUAAGUUCAAAUCAGCAUGACAGCUCAGCUUACUGAUACCAAGAAUUCUUUAGGCCUGGAUCUUGCCAAUGCCUCUUCCUCAAUUGAUUCCUUGACAACAUUUAGUUCCAUUCACUUGUCUUAAUUGAGCUGGCAAAGGCGAUGCUGUCGUGUGAGCCAAUAUAUAAAGAGAACAGACUUUUGAACAUCUCAAAAGAAAGGGCUUGAAGCUGCCAUAUUAAAUUCAAUGUACAAAAUUUUACUUGACUUUCUUCUUGAAUAUUUUAGCAUUUAAAAAAGUAGGUGAUGCA